AUGGAAGAAUUACAAAGUCUGAUCCUUUCUACGCUCGAUAAAGAGAACACCAUUCCCGAUACUGGAAAGCUUACUAAUGCAGAAGGAAAACAGCCGGAUCAGCUGGCGUUGUACGCAGCACUCAACAGUUUAGCUCUCAAAGAGAUGAUCGUUUACGACGCACUCGAGAGUGAAAUAUGGACAUUGACUGCAGAGGGUAAAGAGAUGGCGAACACUGGGAGUUACGAAGUUAAGGUCUUUGAAGCGAUUCCUUCCGGAGAAACUGGAAUUUCAAUAUCAGAGCUACAAGGACUCUUAGGAGAGGCCGCAAAAAUCGGCCAGGGAAAAGCUUUCAAGAAUAAAUGGAUUACAAAGAAAGAUAACAGACUUUUUCGAGCUGUAGAGUCUGUUGUAGAUCAAACGCGUCUAGACCUUGAGGCUAUCUCAACAACAAAGACGCAUCCCGAUAAAAAGGUUCUUGCCGAGCUCAAAAGAAGAAAGCUAUGCGACAAAAUCAAGCUUGUUUCUUAUUCCGUUUCUAAAGGACCUAAAUUCUCGUUAACCAUCGAGAACGGAGAAUGGAAAUCUGCCCAGUUUAAAAAAUACAACUUCGAUGCCUUGGGCGUACCUCCAUCGGGUGGUCAUUUGCAUCCAUUGAUGAAGGUUCGCGAAGAAUUUCGUCAGAUUUUCCUUGAAAUGGGGUUUGAAGAAAUGCCUACAAAUAGAUUUGUCGAAUCAUCCUUCUGGAACUUUGAUGCACUUUUCCAGCCACAACAACAUCCUGCACGUGAUGCUCACGACACCUUUUUCUUAAAAGAUCCUGCAAGGAGCACAAAGUUUCCUGCAGGCUAUUUGGAACGUGUCAAACGAGUUCACUCUGUGGGAGGCUACGGAUCGAUUGGAUACGGAUACGACUGGCAGAUCGCGGAAGCAGAAAAACUCAUACUGCGCACACAUACGACAGCAGUGUCUUCUGCUAUGCUUUACAAGCUGGCGAAUCAGGAGGAGUUUCGACCUGCCAAGUAUUUCUCAAUCGAUAGAGUUUUUCGCAAUGAAAGUGUCGACGCAACGCAUUUGGCAGAAUUUCAUCAAAUAGAAGGUGUCAUAGCUGACAAAGGCUUAACGUUAGGAGAUCUAAUUGGAUUUAUGAACACCUUUUUCGGGAAAAUGGGUGUCAAGGAUCUUCGUUUUAAGCCUGCGUAUAAUCCAUAUACGGAGCCGAGCAUGGAAAUCUUUUCUUAUCAUUACGGGCUUAAGAAAUGGGUUGAAAUAGGUAACUCUGGAAUGUUCCGUCCGGAGAUGUUAGAACCUAUGGGAUUAGAUCCAGAUGUACGCGUGAUAGCCUGGGGGUUAGGUUUGGAAAGACCAACGAUGAUCAAGUAUGGAAUUGAUAACAUUCGAGAGCUACUCGGCCAUAAGGUUAACCUUGCCAUGAUUCAAAUUCAUUAA